AUAAAUUUAAAAAGAUAUUAAUGAACUAUUAGCAGUCCUUUAUGUUUUGCUCACAAAAAAUAAGUGCUUUUGGAAACACAGCCUUGACAUUAACAGUUUUAAUAGGUCUCUGGUUCAGUUUUCACAUUUAUUGCUGUUUAUAGCAGUAAAUAAGCAAACAUUGAAAUAUGACGAUAUAGUGCAGUGCUUCUUAUAAAGACUGCUGUGUUUACCAUGGAGAAUAAAGUGGAAUCAGGUAUCCAACUCUUUCAACGAAUAAGCUCUCGUCCUAGCAUAGGUGAAUUACAUCCAAUAAUUCCAAAUCAUAUCAAAGAUGUUCCCACAAUUAUAGAAAUAACAGAGGAUGAUUGUGAGAUUAAAAGGGGUUUUAUAAUGGAGUUACUAUUGAGAAGUGUUUUACCUGAUAACUAUUUAAGUGGUAAAGACUGUGGUACUAUUAUUAUUAACACAGAACAUCAUUUCAAUUUAGUGCACUUUGCAUCUUUACUUAAACGGAUUAUCAAAGGAACUGUAAAGGACAAAAGUAAAGUUAAUGAAGUUUUAGAAUCAUGUCUGGAGAAACUUAUUAUUCUCAACUGUUACAAUGGUCAACAAUUACAUAUGACAAUUCUUAACAUAGAAAAUAUACUCUUAAGUAAUACUAAUAUUGGUUUAAUUUUAUUAGAUAGUCUCUCUGCAUUUUAUUGGGAAGAAAAAAUAGGUUCAGAUACUAACAACUUUGUUUCUUUGCAAAAUCAUUGUUUAAAAUUGUUUAGUUCAUUAUACACUAUAGUUAAGGAAUUUAAUGUUAGUUUUAUAUAUGGAAAUCUGUUUUUUGAAGACAAUUUGGCAAUUGUAAAAGCAAUUAAAGACAAGAAAUACUUGGAAAAUUAUUAUAAAAUUACUUUUUAUAGAGAUAAAACUCAAUUAAACACUAAAAUUUCGACAGUAAAUGAAACAAAAUUGUAUACAUGCCAAGCAAGUGAUGUUUUUACCUUUGUAGAGAAAAUGUAAAGGAAGGAACAUUUUAUACAAGUCAAAUGUUGAAUUUUUAUAAGCGAUUAUUUUAAAAAUAUAAUUUUAAUUUUUGUA